AUGAGAGAGUUGCUUCUUCCUGUUCUGUUGCUCUGCGCACUUUGUAGAGCAUCGGUGCAGUACCCUUUUGAGGAGUCAUUGGAAUUUAAGCCUCUAGAACGUAACAACCUACUUGCUUCGUUUAAUUUCAAGAUCAAUUCAACAGAGUUUGAGUUGUACGAGCCCGAAGAUAAGACGUUCCAUUAUUCUACGUUUUCCAAGCUUUUAGGACCCAUUCUCCAGGAGACAAGCACAAGAGAACUCCAUCUUCGGUUCAGUCAGGGAUGGUAUGACCCCGAAGUUUAUGGGGAACUACCGUACAAAGGUAAACAUAGCGGGGGAACGGGUGUCGAAUUGUGGGCGGUUCUUGAAGGCCAAAACGAGGACACUGUCUUCAAAGACUGGAUCAAACUGGCUAACUCUUUGUCAGGCCUUUUCUGUGCCUCCCUGAAUUUCAUUGAUUCUUCAUCAACAACUUAUCCUGCUACGGUAUUCCAGCCAACAGCUGCUAUGUUUGAACAAAACGUGUCUCUGAAAAAUGAUCUUUUUCUUUUGAGAAGCGCUUUGCCCCGGGAACCUGUCUGCACUGAAAACUUGACGCCGUUUCUGAAGCUUCUCCCAACCAAAGGCAAAGCAGGAAUCUCGUCUUUACUAACCGGACACAAAGUCUUCAACUCGCAGUGGUCCUCCAUGUCAAUUGAUGUCACUACCCACUGCUCGGGAAUAAAAUGCCAUUAUGAAAUGGAACAAUCCAUCAACUUGAUAUUGGAUGUACCAAUGACCUUGGAACGCAACCGAAUGCCUAUCCCUAAACCCACUCCUGGCUCAGAACUCAAAUGCGACCCAACAAAACCCUUUGAUGCAUUCCAUUGUUUUCCUCUUGAUGAUAUCUCGGAGCUGGAAUUCUCCUUAGCCGACCUCUUUGGCAAAAAUAUUCAAGGUGGUGCAUUGCUUGCGUCACAACCAACUAAAGUCUGUGCAGACCUCGAUUUGGAGCAUUGGAGUAUUGAAAUCCAAACCCAGACCCAGAUAACACCCACUUUGGAGGACGAAAAGACAUGUUUUGUGAUCGAAGAUACAAAUGAGUACAAUUUGCUGUUCAAAGCAAAAGACACAAAAAAGAUCAAGCCUUUGAAAAGUCCUCCAAUCUUUGCAUCCAGAUCCCUCUCUGGCUACUCCCAGGAUUCCGGGGGGUUCAGAAUAGAUGUGAAAAAUCCUACCGAUGAAGAAUUAGACAUCAUUAUUUUUGAAUCGAUACCAUGGUUUGUCCGCAUUUACCUCCAUACCCUGACAUUAACCAUAAAUUCUACUGUUACGCACGUUGUAUCGGAUCCACAGUUUGACCACUACGUCAAAGGCAUAAUAUAUAAUCCAGCAAUUGACAGACAAAAACCAUCUCAUUUGGAAUUGCUCGUCAGCAUCCCUGCGCACACGAAAAUCAAACUCUCUCUUGAGUUUGACAAGGCCAUGUUAUUAUACGCAGAAUACCCACCAGACGCAAAUCACGGUUUUGAGAUUGAACCAGCAGUGAUAUCGGUCCUAGAUCGCGACUCGCAAAAGGUGGUCUACGAAAUGAGAACUACUACGGCACUACUAACUCUUCCGACGCCCGACUUUUCUAUGCCUUACAAUGUUAUUAUUUUAACCUCUACAGUGAUGUCGUUGGCUUUUGGUUCGAUCUUCAAUCUCUUGACAAAGAAAACCGUGACGGAGGAAGAAGCAGAGUUGAGGCUGAAGGAAAGCAGGAUCACCAUAUUACGAUCUAGAAUUAAAGAACGCGCCCAACGCAUCAAAAGUUUAUUUAGACGUUCAUAA